AUGCCUCCAACUUUAAAACAUUACAAUUAUUUAGUCAUUGGCGGUGGUUCAGGUGGGGUGGCCUCCGCAAGAAGAGCUGCUUCAUACGGUGCUAAAACUUUAAUAAUAGAAGGUAAUAGAUUUGGUGGUACCUGUGUCAAUGUAGGUUGUGUCCCUAAAAAAGUGAUGUGGUAUGCUUCAGAUUUAGCCACUAGAGUUCAACAAGCUAAUGAGUAUGGUCUUUAUCAAGGCGUUAAAUUAGAUUCCAAAACUUUGACUUUUAAUUGGGAGCAAUUCAAAUCAAAGAGAGACGCCUAUGUAGAAAGAUUAAAUGGUAUUUAUGAAAGAAAUUUAACAAGAGAAAAAGUCGACAUGAUUAAAGGUUGGGCUUCAUUUAAUAAAGCAGGUAAUGUGGAAGUUAAAAAACAUGAUGGUACCAUUGAAGAAUUCACCUCAGAUCAUAUUUUAAUUGCUACUGGUGGUAAACCAAUCUUACCAGUUAAUACCCCAGGUUAUGAAUAUGGUAUUACGUCUGAUGGGUUUUUCGAAUUACCUACUCAGCCUGAAAAAGUUGUUGUGGUGGGUGCAGGUUAUAUUGGUGUAGAAUUAACUGGUGUUUUCCAUGGAUUGGGUUCUGAAACUCAUCUAGUUAUUAGAGGUCAAACAGUAUUGAGAAAGUUCGAUGAUUUAAUUCAAGAAACUAUUACUGAUCAUUAUAUCAAUGAAGGUAUUAAUAUUCAUAAAGGUUCCACAGUAUCUAAAGUGGAAAAAAAUCCUACCACUAAAAAAUUAACAAUUACUCUUUCUACAGGUGAAAUCAUUGAAGAUGCCGACCAAUUGGUUUGGACAAUGGGUCGUAGAACCUUCUUGGGUCUAGGUUUAGAAAAUGUCGGUGUUGAAUUAAAUUCCAAAGAACAAAUCGUUGUUGAUGAAUAUCAAAAUACUACCGCUAAAUUACCCAAUUCUAAAAUUUAUUCCUUAGGUGAUGUUGUUGGUGAUGUCGAACUAACUCCAAUGGCUAUUAAUGCUGGUAGAAAAUUAUCUAAUAGAUUAUUUGGUCCAGAAAAAUUUAAGAAUCAAAAAGCUGAUUAUACAAAUGUUCCUAGCGUUGUCUUUUCUCAUCCAGAAGUUGGUAGUAUUGGGUUAAGUGAAAAAGAUGCCAUUGCCAAGUACGGUAGGGACAACUUGAAAAUUUACAACUCAAGUUUCACCGCCAUGUAUUUUGCAAUGUUAGAACAUAAAUCUCCAACAAGAUAUAAAUUGAUUUGUGAAGGACCAAAUGAAAAAGUUGUUGGUUUACAUAUCAUUGGUGAUUCAUCUGCUGAAAUUCUACAAGGUUUUGGUGUGGCAAUCAAAAUGGGUGCUACAAAGCAAGAUUUUGAUAAUUGUAUUGCUAUUCACCCAACUAGUGCUGAAGAAUUAGUGACUUUAACUUAG